CAGAGCUGGCAAUGGUGACGGCUACUGAUGGCGUGAAACCCACAGCUGAAUUUGGCAAAUAUCUUCGAUAGUGAGCCGCCUCGGACGCUGAAUUUGAGAGGACAAUGCUACUCCACGAAGCUACUGUCAGCGGCGUUUGAAAAAAGGCAACAUAUGCUGGUGUCUUCGCUGUUCCUUCGCGCACUGGCGCUCAAAGCAGAAAAGUGUGAUAUUCUGUCAAUGGACCGCGGCGUUUUUCUUUUCUUUUCCAAGGGAGGCGAAUAACUCGGGACGGAUUAUAUUUCCAGGGGGAUUACGCUCCCGCAUUCCUUAUCGUUUUGAGGUCCUUGAGGUUUAAAAUCGAAGGCAUCGUCAAAAAUGUCGACCAGCAGUCCUGAAGCGGUGAAGAAAUUGCUGGAGAACAUGCAGACAGAUCUGCGGUCUCUGUCCAUGGAGUGCAAGAAGAAAUUCCCCCCUGUCAAAGAGGCCGCAGAGUCUGGCAUUGUGAAGAUUAAGACCAUUGCAGCACGGAAUACAGACAUACUCGCAGCUCUGAAGGAGAACAGCUCGGAGGUGGUGCAGCCCUUUCUGAUGGGCUGUGGCACCAAGGAGCCAAAGAUCACCCAGCUCUGUCUGGCCGCUAUCCAGAGACUCAUGUCCCACGAGGUGGUGUCCGAGGCGGCUGCGGGGAACAUCAUCAACAUGUUGUGGCAGCUGAUGGAGAACGGUUUGGAGGAGCUGAAACUCCUCCAGACAGUCCUGGUCCUGCUAACCACCAACACAGUCGUACAUGAUGAAGUCCUCUCCAAGGCUAUCGUGCUAUGUUUUCGUCUCCACUUCACUAAGGACAACAUCACCAACAACACAGCUGCUGCCACCGUCAGACAGGUCGUCACUGUCGUCUUUGAGAGGAUGGUGGCCGAAGAUGAGCGUUUCAAAGGUAUUGUGGAGCAGCCUCCUCCUGUCCAGGGCAACAGCAACCGCAGGUCUGUGAGCACUCUGAGGCCCAGUGCAAAGGAUGCAUACAUGCUCUUCCAGGACUUGUGCCAGCUGGUGAAUGCUGACGCCCCCUAUUGGCUGGUAGGAAUGACAGAGAUGACAAGGACCUUUGGACUGGAGCUUCUGGAGUCUGUCCUCAAUGAUUUUCCUGAGGUCUUCCUACAGCACCAGGAGUUCAGCUUCCUGCUGAAAGAGCGGGUGUGUCCCCUUGUCAUCAAACUCUUCUCCCCCAACAUCAAGUUCCGGCAGGGCAGCAGCAGCGCCGCCUCGCCAGCCCCUGUGGAGAAACCCUACUUUCCUAUCUGCAUGAGGCUGCUGCGCGUGGUCUCAGUGCUCAUCAAGCACUUCUACAGCUUACUGGUAACAGAGUGUGAGAUCUUCUUGUCUCUGCUGGUGAAGUUCCUGGAUGGGGAGAAGCCACAAUGGCUGAGAGCUGUGGCUGUAGAGUCGGUCCACAGGCUUUGUGUACAGCCACAUUUAUUACGAUCCUUCUGCCAGUCGUAUGACAUGAAGCAGCACUCCACCAAAGUCUUCAGAGACAUUGUUAACGCCCUGGGCUCCUUCAUCCAGUCGCUCUUCAUCGUCCCCAAUGCAGGCAACCCUGCUGCUGCCAGUGCACCUGCUGGUGGCUCAGGCUCAGGGGCCCAGGGGGCAGUGCAAGGUGGUCCUGGAGCAGGAGGGGUCAGUGGCAGUCUAACUACCCAGGCUGCCUUUGAGUAUCGCGGUACCUGGAUCCCCCUUAUGACUGUCAGUGUCCAGGGCAGCGCCAAGGCCACCUAUCUGGAGAUGCUGGACAAGGUGGAGCCACCAUCCAUUCCAGAGGGCUAUGCCAUGUCAGUGGCCUUCAGCGCCCUGCUGGACCUCGUGCGGGGCAUCACCUCCAUGAUAGAGAGGGAGCUGGCCAAAGAGGAGGAGGAGGCUGCUGAAUGGAGGGACGCUCACCCUGACCAGGAGUGGCAGCCCAAACCUGGAGCUCACCUGGUGUGGGAGGAGAUGGUCAGUGCCUGCUGGUGUGGCCUGCUGGCAGCUCUGUCUCUACUGCUGGAUGCCAGCACUGAUGAGACAGCCACAGAGAACAUCCUGAAGGCGGAGCUGACCAUGGCUUCGCUGUGCGGGCGUCUGGGCCUGGUGACACCGCGAGACGCCUUCAUCACAGCUAUCUGCAAGGCUUCCCUGCCUCCGCACUACGCCCUGACCGUGCUCAGCAGCAAUGCCGCCAACCUCUCCAGCAAAGCCUACUCCAUCCAGGGCCAGAGCGUGCAGAUCAUCAGCCCCUCCAGUGAGUCCCAUCAGCAGGUGGUGGCUGUGGGACAGCCACUUACUGCCCAGCCUCAGGGCACAGUGGUGCUUACUGCUAAGAACAUCCAGUGUAUGCGAACCCUGCUGAACCUGGCUCACUGCCAUGGGGCCGUGCUGGGCACUUCAUGGCAGCUGGUACUGGCCACACUGCAGCACUUGGUGUGGAUCCUGGGGCUGAAGCCCGGUGUGGGGGGGGCUCUGAAGCCGGGGAGAGCUGUGGAAGGACCCAGUACGGUGCUGACCACAGCCGUGAUGACAGACCUGCCCGUCAUUUCCAACAUCCUGUCCAGACUGUUUGAGAGCUCGCAGUAUCUGGAUGACGUCUCCCUGCAUCACCUGAUCAAUGCUCUGUGUUCCCUCUCCCUGGAGGCCAUGGAAAUGGCUUAUGGAAACAACAAGGAGCCGUCUCUGUUUGCUGUGGCCAAGCUGCUGGAGACCGGCUUGGUCAACAUGGAUCGCAUAGAGAUCCUGUGGAGGCCACUGACAGGACACCUCUUGGAGAAGGUCUGUCAGCACCCCAACUCCAGGAUGAGAGAAUGGGGUGCCGAGGCGUUGACAGCACUCAUCAAAGCUGGCCUGGCCUACAAGCAUGACCCCCCACUGGCCCACAACCAGCGGCUGCAACUUUUGUUGCUGAACCCUCUGAAGGAGCUUUCCAAUGUGCUGCAUGCAGACAUCCGGCAGAAACAGCUGGAGAGCGUCCUGCAGAUCCUCCAGAGCCAGGGGGACAGCUUGGGGCCCGGCUGGCCCCUUGUCUUGGGUGUCAUAGGUGCCAUUCGCAACGAUCAGGGGGAGUCGUUGAUCCGAACAGCCUUCCAGUGCCUGCAGUUGGUGGUGACAGACUUUUUACCCACCAUGCCUUGCACAUGCCUCCAUAUCGUAGUGGAUGUAGCUGGCAGUUUUGGUCUGCAAAACCAAGAGCUCAACAUCAGCCUCACCUCCAUUGGCCUGCUGUGGAACAUCUCAGACUACUUCUUCCAAAGGGGAGAAGCCAUCACACAAGAGUUGGAAAGGGAGGAGGCAGCUCUGCAGAAGCAGGCCCAGGAGAAAGGAGAGACCCUCAACCGGCCCUUCCACCCUGCCCCUCCCUUUGAUUGCCUGUGGCUGUGCCUGUAUGCAAAGCUGGGUGAGCUGUGUGUCGACCCACGGCCCGCUGUGCGAAAAAGUGCAGGGCAGACAAUGUUCUCCACCAUUGCGGCCCAUGGGACCCUGCUGCAGCAGCCAACCUGGCAUAUCGUAGUGUGGAAGGUACUAUUCCAUCUGCUUGACUGUGUGAGGAGAUCAUCCACCACGGCUGACAAAGAGAAGAUUGAGUCCGGGGGUGGCAACAUCCUUAUCCACCAUUCACGAGACACAGCUGAGAAACAGUGGGCAGAGACUUGGGUUCUGACGCUAGCUGGAGUGGCACGCAUCUUCAACACAAGGCGAUAUCUUCUUCAGCAGCUAGGUGACUUCUUCAAGGCAUGGGAGGUGCUGCUGGAUCACAUCCAGUCAGCUGCCCUCAGCAAGAACAACGAGGUCUCACUGGCUGCCCUCAAAAGCUUUCAGGAGAUUCUACAGAUCGUCACACCUGUCAAAGACUCAGACAAACCCGGCGACGCGCUUGCUGCUAUGGGCGUUCCACCUGUCCUCAUUGACCCUCUAACAGCUUCAGGUCCUGGCAGACCCCUGAUGCGUUCAGAUUCGCUGGUUGAGAGACUCACACGCUACAAUGGUGCCGAGCUGCAGGCCCCUCCCCCAGGGGAGGAGUCAGCACUUGAGGACUCAGCAUUGUGGUGGUCAGCGUGGAACACGUGGUAUCGAACGGGAACAGACAGCACCAGGCCGCCUAGUGGAGGGACAGAGAAGCUCUCCUUCAUCCCCAGCCAGCCGUUCCUCACAGCCCUGAUCCAAAUUUUCCCAGCACUCUACCAGCACAUCAAGGCUGGCUUCAGUAUGGAGGACCUGAAGAAGCUGGGGGUCAUCCUCCAUGGGGCUGUGUCGGUGCCUAUCAGCAGUGAUGCCUCACCCUUCAUCCUCCCCUCCUACACUGAGGCUGUGCUCACCAGCCUGCAGGAAGCUGUGCUCACUGCUCUGGAUGUUCUGCAGAAGGCCAUCUGUGUGGGCCCGGAGAACCUGCAGGUCAUGUACCCAGCCAUCUUUGAACAGCUGCUCCUCUUCGUGGAGUUCUCCUGCAAGCCGCCCCAGUAUGGCAAGAUGGAAACCAAACACGUGGCCAACGCCAAAUAUAACCAGAUCCAACUCUUUGCACCGGCCGAAUGGGUUGCCUUAAACUAUGUGCCCUUCGCUGAGCGCUCCCUGGAGGUGGUGGUGGACCUGUAUCAUAAAACGGCAUGCCACAAAGCUGUCAUCAGUGAGAAAGUCCUGCAGAACAUCAUCAAGACCCUGAGGAUGCCCUUGGGUUUGAAGUAUGCCUGUCCAUCAGAGAGUACCUGGAAGCUUGCCGUCUCCUCCCUGCUCAAGGUGCUGUCCAUCGGACUGCCAGUGGCCCGCCAGCAUGCCUCCUCUGGGAAGUUCGACACCAUGUGGCCAGAGCUAGCCAAUGCCUUUGAAGACUUUCUUUUUACCAAAAGCACACCUCCAGACAACUUGUCCAUCCAGGAGUUCCAGAAGAAUGAAGCCAUUGAUGUUGAGGUGGUCCAGCUGAUCAGUACAGAGAUUUUACCAUUUGCCAACUUCAUCCCCAAAGACUUUGUUGGCCAGAUCAUGGCUAUGCUCAAUAAAGGAUCCAUUCACUCACAGUCGCCCUCAUUCACAGAGGCAGAGAUCGACAUGCGGAUGAGGGAGGAGUUCUCCAAGGUGUGUUUUGAGACAUUGCUGCAGUUUUCUUUCAGCAACAAGGUGUCCACCCCUCAGGAGGGCUACAUCUCUCGCAUGGCACUGUCUGUGCUGCUCAAGAGGUCCCAGGACGUUCUUCGACGCUAUGUAGAAGAUGAGCGGUUGAGCGGACGCUGCCCCCUACCCAGGCAACAAGUGACAGAGAUUAUCUUCGUCUUGAAAGCCAUCAGCACUUUGAUGGACUCGCUUAAAAAGACCCAGCCAGAAAAUGUGGAUGGGAAUACAUGGGCUCAGGUGAUCGCCCUUUACCCCACACUGGUAGAGUGCAUUACAUGCUCCUCGUCAGAGGUGAGCUCAGCCCUGAAGGAGGCCCUGGGGCCCUUCAAAGACUUUAUGCAGCCCCCUGUCUCCAGAGUCCAGAACGGAGAAUCCUGACCAUGCUAGCUCUUGACUGGUUUUUUGUUUUUUGGUUUUUUUUAUAAUGAAGAAAUCAUGAAUGUGUCUUCUUGACCCACACGCUUCACAAGUGGACGGACUUUUGACUCCACGUGAAACCCAUCUAAAGUAACAGAUGGUAACCCGUGGCAGUUGAGAUGCGACUGGAACGCACAGACCAUGCUGACGACUUUGACCUUCAUACACAUCAUUGUAUGCUUCUAAUGUGAGCCGAUAAUGCUUCUCUCCCCUCCUCAGCCACCCACCAUUCUCAUACAGACUGGCUGGACUAACAACUACAGAGAUAAAAAUUGCAGUGUUGCCUCUGGUUUGUUUUAUUCUCCUGAUGAGGCAAGUCAAUGUACAGUGUGUGGUGAUAGUGUUGAUGAUGUAAUUAAGAAAAAAAAAACAAAUAAUUAAUACUUGGGCUUUAUUGAUCUUAAGAAUGAAAGAACAAAGAUUUUUGUGACACUUUCAACAGUGAGAGAUUUUAUGCAAGAAAAAACUAAAUCUUACUGUAACAUUCCAUGUCAUCUUUAGCCAGCCAUCGGAGAAGGGAUGUACUUGUCUGUAUAAAAUAAAUGGGACAGUUCUACAAACAA